AUGCGCCUGGCGUGGUGUGGUCGGAGUGCGAGACGCCGAGUGAUGUUGCGGACGACUGUGUUUAUGGGGUUGGCGCGAGGCGCGGUACCCCCCACAAACGACCACGAGACCGUAGAAAUGUCUCGGACAAGACCCGAGUUUUAUGAUGCAGGAUAUACGGCUUGGACGAACCAGACGUAUGGAAGAGCACAUGCCAUACACGAUGCGGAUUCGUCGCUGAUGAACCAGGUGCGGGCUGAUGCCACCACGGUAGACCGUCGGCAAGAAGCACGGGGACUGCCGCCGGGGGUACAGGAUCAAGUUGGCGCCAGACAGUGGUCUACCGACAUGUUGACCUCAACUGCGGCAGGACAAUUACAUACGCAACAUUUCACGGCUCAGCAGGAUGCGGGAGCGUCCAGUGUUGUGAUGGAUGACUUGACUAUGGAAUUGGACCGAUAUCUGGCGAAUGAUCAGCAUCCCGGAAAGUCCAGUAUGAUGGACGUGGGGGUUGCGGAUCGAACAUCGUUUGUGAUGGACCAGACGGAAGGUCGAGCAAAUGUGGACCCGUGGUUCGGUAGACGGGAACUGAUUCUGACUGGGCAGACUCCAGAGAUACAGGACCGGUAUUUGACAGAUUCUGGGCAGAAUCCGACAGGGGCAGAUGGCACUAUAAACCCGUGGUACGAUAUACGGGAACUGGUUCAGCCACCGGAGGUACAGGGCCAAAUUGGCACCGAGCAGUUGUCUACAGAUGUAUUCACCUCAGCUGCAACAGGACAGUUAGAUGCACUGAAUCAGCAGGAUGCGGGAGAGUCCCGUGUGAUAGAUGACUUGACUAUGGUAAU